UGACACGGACUCAGAUUCUAUCAUUCUGGGAAGUGAAACUCACAGACAGAUCGAUCACUUGGAAAAUCGAAGCCUCCAGUUCGUACAAUAAUGCGCACCUUAAAUGCAGUGAUGACGGCCCGGAUGCUGCUGGUCCGGAACUCGGGUCUGAAAAGCGAGGCCAUACCCUUUGGAGAUGUCUGGUGGUUUAUCUACGCCGGGUUCUCCUGCUUCCUCGUCCUCUUCGCCGGAAUGAUGUCCGGGUUAACGUUGGGACUCAUGUCCCUCGGCCUCGUCGACCUCGAGAUUCUCCAGCGAAGUGGCACUCCCACCGAGAAAAAACAAGCAGCGGCUAUACUUCCGGUGGUUCAGAAGCAGCAUCAGCUGCUUGUCACUUUGCUUCUGUGUAAUGCUGGAGCUAUGGAAGCGCUUCCUAUAUAUUUGGACAAGAUUUUCAAUGAGUAUGUUGCUAUAAUUCUGUCUGUCACGUUUGUGCUGUUUUUCGGAGAAGUUAUUCCACAAGCAAUUUGCACUAGAUAUGGACUGGCUGUAGGUUCCAACUUGGUAUGGAUUGUCCGUGGUUUGAUGCUUAUUUGCUACCCAAUUGCUUAUCCUAUUGGAAAGGUCUUGGAUUGUGUUCUGGGACAUAAUGAAGCAUUAUUUAGGCGAGCUCAGUUAAAGGCCCUUGUCUCCAUCCACAGCAAGGAGGAGGGCAAAGGCGGUGAACUUACACAUGAUGAGACAACAAUAAUCAGCGGAGCACUGGAUUUAACUGAAAAGACUGCUGAGGAGGCUAUGACGCCUAUUGAAUCAACCUUUUCCUUAGAUGUCAAUUCAAAGUUGGACUGGGAAGCAAUGGGAAAAGUUCUUGCUCGGGGGCAUAGUCGAGUUCCCGUCUAUUCUGGGAAUCCAAGGAAUAUUAUUGGACUUCUCCUGGUGAAAAGUCUUCUCACUGUACGACCUGAAACAGAGACCCCUGUCAGUGCUGUUUCCAUCCGUAGAAUCCCAAGAGUUCCUGCAGAUAUGCCACUGUAUGAUAUAUUGAAUGAGUUUCAAAAGGGCAGCAGUCAUAUGGCCGCUGUGGUAAAGGUCAGAGGGAAAAGUAAGGCUCAUCCACCUACGAUUGAGGGAGAAAAAGAGGAAGGAAGAAAAAUUGGUGGCAUGGAUACCGAACUGACUACUCCAUUGCUAUCCAAGCAGGAUGGAAAGUCAGAUCAUGUUGUUGUUGACAUACCCAAGAUACCAAAGCCCACUAAUAUUAAAAAGGAAGUUCUCUUACACAAUAAUGUUGGAGAAGCAAAUGGACCCCAUUUGUCAGAGGAUAUCGAAGAUGGUGAAGUAAUUGGUAUCAUCACGCUGGAAGAUGUAUUUGAAGAACUCCUGCAGGAAGAGAUUGUCGAUGAAACGGAUGAAUAUGUUGAUGUACAUAAAAGAAUACGCGUUGCUGCAGCUGCAGCUGCUUCAUCAGUGGCGAGAGCUCCAUCACUGCGGAGGUUAAAUGUCAACAAGGGACCAGGGAGUGAACAGCACAAAUCAGCCAUAUCCAGUGGAGCCCAAGCUAAGCAAGUAACCCCGAAGAAAUCUACUGAUGAUUUGGCAACAAGGUCGCAUGUAAUUUCCACCGAUGGAAACAAGAGAUGAUUAAUCUGUUUCAUUCUUGUAGUCUGAUCUCAGGAAGUGGCUUUGUCCUUGCAUCCAGGAAAAAAGGUAUUUUUCUGGUUAUCUCUGGUAUUGGGUGCGGGGUCCUGGAAUUCAGAGAUAUCUGGGAUUCUACAUAGAGAUGCAGAGAGUAUGAUCAAUCAUCCGGUAACAUGCUCAGCAGUAUUUAAAUCUCAAACUCUUUUUGGUUUUUACUUACAUGUUAGGUCCAAAGGUGCCUCUUAAGCUGGCACUAUCUUUUUGUUGAAAAAAACUGUAUCUGAAGAAUAGUCAAUAAGUUCAGUUAUCCAAGAGUUCAUAAUAUACAAGGACCCUGUACAAGGACCUUUUAUUGAAUAUUGAAAUGACCCCGCCUUUUAUUGAAGCUAGAACUCAUAUUAA